AUGACAGCGGCCACAAGUCCGCCUGGCAAGAAAAAAGGAUUUGCGACUCAAACCCAGCUGGAAGAAGUGCUCUCUCAGGCUGUCAAGAAACAUCAGGAACUUCCUGAAACAUUGAAGGACAAGACUUAUCUAAAAGAAUGGUAUAUUAAGAAAACAAGUAUAGAAAACAUCCCAUCUUUUAUUGUCAUGUUCCAGAACCUGAUUGUGAUGGAUUUAUCCAGGAACUGUAUCAAGGAACUUCCAGUUGAAAUAGGAAAAUCCCUCUUGAUCCUGCCAACUAACCGCUACUGCGACAAGCAAGCUUCACUUGCCUCCAGACUCGCUGAGCUAGAGUCCCUGUACCUUCAGAAGAACAAGUUGACCUAUCUGCCCAAAGUCAUGUGCAGAAUGAAUAAACUAAAGAUACUAGUUGUCAGCGGCGAUGACAUAAAGAAAUUACCAACUUCUCUGACAACUGACCCCAAUUUAAAAUAUGUUGAUCUGAGAGAAAAUCCACUUGAAGACUGGGUGCACAGUGAAAUCUUUGAAAAUGAUGAAGAUCAAGAAGAAUUUGAAAAAGACUUGAUGCAAAUGUAUUUUAAGGAUUUGGAAGAGAGAGAAACAGUUCCUGCUUAUACUACGAGGGUAUCUCUAAGUCUGCAGCUGUAACAUGCACUAUGAAAAUUCAUCAAAAUGUGAACUGAAUCUAAAGAGAACAAAACUGUGUGACGCUUUGUGAAGAAUCAAUCCACUCUACUAAGAA